AUGAAGAAAUGCCAUGGCAAUGAGCAGCGGCAGCAGAGUGAUGAUUCUGACAUUUGGGAUGAUACAGCAUUGAUAAAAGCGUAUGAUAAAGCCGUGGCUUUAUUUAAGCAUGCUCUAAAGAAUGGUGACGUUUGUGAAACUUCAGGUAAACCAAAAAGCACGCCUAAAAGAAAACCUGCGAAGAAGAAUAAAAGCCAAAAGAAGAAUACUGCAGCUCCUGUAAAACAGUGGAAAAUCGGGGACAAAUAUUCUGCCAUUUGGUCAGAAGACGGUGGCAUUUACCCAGCUACCAUUGCCUCAAUUGACUUUAAGAGAGAAACCUGUGUUGUGGUUUACACUGGAUAUGGAAACAGGGAGGAGCAAAAUCUGUCUGAGCUACUUUACCCAAUCUCCGAAGUAGCUAAUAAUAUAGAACAAAAUGCUCAAGAGAAUGAAAGUGCAAGUCAAGUUUCAACAGAUGAAAGCGAGAACUCCAGGUCUCCUGGAAAUAAAUCAGAUAACAUCAAGUCCAAAGCUACUCCAUGGAACUCUUUUUUCCCUCCGCCACCCCCUAUGCCAGGGCCAAGACUGGGACCAGGAAAGCCAGGUCUAAAAUUCAAUGCCCAACCACCACCACCACCACCACCACCACCACCACCACCACCACCACCACCACCUCCCUUUCUACCACACUGCCUGCCUCCAUUUCCUUCUGGACCACCAAUAAUUCCCCCACCACCUCCCAUAUGUCCAGAUUCUUUUGAUGAUGCUGAUGCUUUGGGAAGUAUGUUAAUCUCGAGGUAUAGUGGCUAUCAUACCGGCUAUUAUAUGGGUUUCAGACAAAAUCAAAAAGAAGGGAGGUGUUCACAUUCCUUAAAUUAAGGAGAAACGUGGCACAGACCAGCAGUAAAUGAUACCACUGAAGAAACAAUCAGACAGAUCUGGAAUGUGAAACGUUACAGAAGAUAACUGGCUUCAUUUCUUCAAAGUGUCAGUGUUAGGAAAGAAAAAAG